CUCUGACGUGUAACAUUGUUUCCAUUUUCUUGAGGAAGGAAACGCCUUUGACAAGGAAGGAAAUAUCAGCUCUGUUUUUUUUUUCUUUAGCCAAAGUAGGACCCCAUCACCAGCCGCUAUGGGGAAUGUGUUUGGAAACCUCUUUAAGAGCUUCUUUGGGAAGAAGGAGAUGAGGAUCCUUAUGGUGGGUCUCGAUGCAGCUGGAAAGACGACUAUUUUGUACAAGCUGAAACUUGGAGAGAUUGUGACUACCAUUCCCACAAUAGGUUUUAAUGUGGAGACUUUAGAAUACAAAAACAUCAGUUUCACAGUGUGGGAUGUUGGGGGUCAGGACAAAAUUCGACCGCUGUGGCGUCACUACUUCCAGAAUACACAGGGUCUCAUAUUUGUUAUUGACAGCAAUGACAGAGAGCGAAUUUCGGAGGCUCGUGAAGAGCUCUCUAGAAUGUUGGGUGAGGACGAGUUGCGUGAUGCCGUGAUAUUAGUGUUUGCAAACAAACAAGACCUUCCAAACGCCAUGAAUGCAGCAGAGCUCACAGACAAGUUGGGUCUUCACAGCCUACACACCAGGCAAUGGUACAUCCAGGCAACCUGUGCCACCACUGGUGAUGGCCUAUACGAAGGACUGGAUUGGUUGUCUAAUGAGCUCAAAAAACAUUAAUCACCGGCUAACCACUCAAUCUCAGACCAUACUCCCUACUCUUAAAGUUUUCCAAAUCUGAGUAACCCUCUCCAAAAGAGGAAACUGCAAGUUGCCCUUACCUCCGCAGUUAUUGUCAUAAACAUACAGGCCAGUGGUGGAAGUGAUCUAUUCUUGUAAAGCUGUUGGGGUUUUAUUAUUUUUAUUUUAUGUAACUGUAAAUAUACCUGGUAAUGGGGCAGCUUAUUGCAUUCUACAAACCCAUUCGUGGUUAUUCCUCUUUUGGGCUGAUGGGCAGCCAUGUGUGCAUUGAAUAAGAAAAAGGGAGGUAAAGAAUAAGAGUUAACAGCACGAUCACCCAGGACCUCAAUGCAAUCUGAUGACGUAUUGUCUGGUCACACGUACUGUAGCGGCGGACAGCCUUUUGAUUUAAAGAACUGACUUAAACACUGAUGCACUACCUGCAGCCACUGUGGUUACUUCAACAAGUGACUACAUGUACCAUUACCCCCCCCCCAACAAAAUUCCCCUUUAGUAAAUAUACCAGCUUUUGUUAAACAGUAAGUUAAACUGAGAAAUGCUGAAAACAAUCUCACAUCUACCUGCUUCAUGGUUGUUUGAUGUUGAGACAGCAUUGGGUUUUUGUAUUUCUGAGUCUCAGGUUUCUCAUGUGCUGCCUUUGCAAUAUACGUGUUAGCAAAACUGCAUGAUGGUCUUUAGGGUCAUGCAUAUUCACUGGGUGUUUUACAUUGUUGGGCUGCACAGGAACUAUUACUUCACUGAGUAAUUAUUUCAACAGCCCUAUACUGUAACGCGAGUGUACUGCGUUCGUUAGUUGCGACUACAGAAGUCGUACACUAAAAUGGCCCUUCUGUCUUCACUAAAACUCUUUUUUUUUUUUUUUUAAUUAAUUACCAAAAUCUGAUAAAUGGCGUUUUGAAGGCAAUACAAAAUCAGUUGCAGCUACAUGAUUGAUGUAGUGACAGUAUUGUUUCCUUUGCAGACUAUUGUGCUUGGGGUAAACGAGAAGCCCAACAUAUGCCUUCUCAUCCAAGACACAUGUUGCCUUUUAAUUUUCCAGCUUCUUUUUUUUGGAAAGGUGUGGGUGUUUCCUUUACUGCUCUGAACAUGUCUUUAAGGUGAAUCAAACAGUUUUUUUUAUUUAUAACUGCCUUAAAUUGUGAGAACUAUGUUAAUCCUUUACUUAAUUCUGUGUUUUUUUUUUUAAUGUAAAGCUUUUGUUUUGUGAGGAAAAAGCACUGUAAUUAAAUUGACUGGAUACAUUUUUUUCUGCAACUGAUUUUCAUUUUUACACUCUAUGCAAUAAAACUGCUGAA